GGGCACUAUCAGACCGGAAACUGCCCCAGUGAAGUGAGCAUGAUGUCCUUACCUGCAUGACUUUGACUCAACGUGAGUUUUUAAGGUACAGUUCGCAUUCUGGAGAACACUGACUUCUUUUAAUUGAUUGAACUUGUAAAGACCACUAUGCCACUUCAUAAAUACCCACCCAAAAUCUGGGAAGCCCUAAAGUUGAAGCAGGGCAUCUAUACCCGGCUCCCUAAACACUACCUCAAGUCCCUGGAGCAGAAGGAGCCUACACCUGUCCACUGGAGGCCCCUGGGAGUCCAAUACCGAGCUAAUCCAAAGACGGGGCAGAAGGAACGAGUGCAAGAUGUCCCAAUUCCAAUCUACUACCCUCCAUUUUCCCAGGAUGGUCUGUGGGGAGGAGAGGGCUGGAUAUCAGGCUACAGAUACGCCAACAAUGACAAAUUGUCCACUCGUUUGAAAAAGACAUGGAAACCUCAGCUCUUAAAGCGAGAGCUUUACAGCGAGAUCCUCGAUAACAAGUUCACUGUCACUGUCACGCCCCGCACCCUGAACCUCAUCGAUGCUGCUUAUGGCUUCGACUUUUAUAUCCUCAAAACACCGAAAGAAGACCUGAACUCCAAACUGGGAAUGGACCUGAAGAGGGCAAUGUUGCUUCGCCUGGCACGCAAAGACAAAGAGCUUUACCCUGACGACCCUGUCAAGAGGGAGAAAGUCUACAGCAAAUACAAGCAGUUUGAGAUCCCAGAGGAGGAGGCAGAGUGGGUGGGUCUGAGUCUGGAAGAGGCCGUUGAGAAACAGAGGCAGCUGGAGCACAAGGAGCCUGAGCCUUUGUUUAAGGCCUGUGUGGACCAACUGGUGGAGGAGCUGCAUAUUCAGAAACUCUUAGAGCCACAUCUUACAGAGAAGAAAUGAUGAGUGGGACAUCAGCACCGCAUCAAACUGAAGGAUUCAGUAGGUUGAACUGUUGCUCCUCUUUUCAUGGUGGGAGUCACAAAGUUUCUGUUUGACACUUGUGUUGAAUGAACACCUGGGAGAGACUGUGCAGUGUUUGUCACCAUAAUGGAGCGACACAUAAUGAAAGUGGCCCAAAUGAAAAGGACAUGUUGGACUAAUGCGUACUGAAGAUGUUUUAUUUCCUCUUUCAUUGAAGACCCCUGAAUAAGAUUUAAGAUCUGUGUAAAUACAACACAAAGAAAAGGAUAUUUAAAAAUAAAACAUUCACUUUUUCUUAAA